AUGUUGUUUGGAGUGAAGCUCCAAAACGAGGUGUUUCCUCCAUGGAAAAACUACUACAUCGAUUAUGAUCAUUUGAAGAGACUUUUGAAGGAAAACGUUAUCGAAUCAACAGAAAACCCUACUAAGCCAGGAUCCUCCUCAGCUAUCAGUGCAUGGUCUGAAAAAGAUGAGGCAGAAUUUGCUUCGCAAUUGGACUCUGAGUUGGAAAAGGUGUACACUUUCCAGAUUUCGAAGUACAAGGAACUCGACGAGGAAAUAUCCAAGCUGGAACUUCAAAGCGAAGAGUACUUGAAAAGCAUUUCCGAGAAAAAAAGCGCCGAUUUUGACGCCAAGGCAUUUCAGAAAAAGCUCGAAGAGCUGUUGUGGUUGGCAAAGGAAUUGGAUCACUUUGCGAGACUCAAUUUCACUGGAUUCAUUAAGAUUGUCAAGAAGCAUGAUAGACUGCACAAAGGCUACUCUGUGAAAGCAUUGUUGAGCGUAAGAAUGAAGUCAUUGCCAUUGAAUAACAUUAGUGAGGACACUUCUCCAUAUCUAUUCAGAAUCUCGACCUUAUACUCUUUUGUUAGAGACCAAACGGGCUCUAGUUCAUUGUCGACUUCUCUUCAAAACUCGAUUCAGAAAUUGUCAUCCUCUGGAAGGAUUUCGACUACUCCGAGUGCCUCAUUGAACAAUAUGGGUCAAAAGGACUAUGGAUACAAAGUUCUCAAGUUCUGGAUCCAUCCUGAUAAUUUAAUGGAAAUUAAAACCACUAUUUUGAGACAUCUCCCGGUCUUGAUUUAUACUAACCAGAAUGACGACGAUGAUGACGAGUAUAGUGUGGACCCCAAAAUUACAUCUCUCUAUUUUGACAACAGACAGUUCGAAUUGUACAACAACAAACUACUCAAAAAUUUGAACAAAACACCCUCACUUAGGAUAAGAUGGUCAGGAAAACUAAGGGAUAACCCAGAACUCACGAUCGAGAAGAAGAUUUUCGACUAUGACACGGGGACUUCUAAUGAUGUCCGUCUCUCAUUGAAGGAGAAGUAUAUAAAUGACUUCAUUUUCCAGAAAAAUCCCAAAGAUGAACAAGAGGAUAUGGAGCUUCCAAACCGCCCGAAGAGUGAUUCCAAUACGAAACUGACUCUUGAAAAGUUUGUCAAAAGAUUGGAAAGAAGGGGUAUCUCAAAGGAAUCAAUCGAUAAGCUAUCUUCCAACUUCAAGGAAUUGCAACAAUUUAUUAGAGAGAACGAUUUGCAACCGACCUUGAGAACUGUUCACACUAGAACUGCAUUCCAAAUGCCAGGUGAUGAUAGAGUUCGAAUUACAAUCGAUUCGGAUAUUUUGUUCAUCAGGGAAGACUCUUUUGACCCUGACAGGCCAAUCAGAAAUCCAAGAGAAUGGCAUAGAAUGGACAUUGAUUCCACAAUUGACGAUCCGUAUUCGCUUCUCAGAAAGGGUGAAUACGCCAAAUUCCCUUAUUCUGUCAUGGAAAUCAAACUGGCCAACUCGAUUUUCAAUAAUCCUUCGUCCAGAACCCUAGCUUGGAUCAAUGAUUUGACUAAUGGGCACUUAGUAAAGGAGGUUCCAAACUUCUCAAAGUUCAUCCAAGGCAUUUCUUCUCUUUUCUUGGAAGAUGACAAUUUGGAUAUUCUUCCUUUCUGGCUUCCGGAGCUCGAGAAUGACAUUAGGAAAAAUCCCGAACAAGCUUAUCAUGAUUCAAGAGAGAAGCAAAUAAGGCAGCAGCAGCAGGACGAGAUAUUAAAGAAUUUGAAAAAGAAAGUUGGCGAAAGCCCUAAUCCUGUGACCAACACGGGAACGGUGCAUUUGGACCAAAUAGUCGAGGAGGAAGAGGAUUUGGACGAUAAUGAGUCUUCCGAUGAGGAGUCUGCCACAGCUGUGAGCCCUUCGGGAAAAUCAAUUUCCAACUUGGUUUCGACUUCCAGUACUCCGAUUACACCAGGUGCCCCAUCCGAAUCCAAAAGUUUCACUGAACCUCCAAGAAAGAAAAAGUUGAAUGUUGCUUCCUAUUUUAUACCUGUGUUUUCUAAGGCAUCCAAACUAGAAGGAUACGAGUCUGAAGAUGAAGAGAUUAUUCUGCCUCCAGGAGUGGUUAAGCCAAAGACUUUGAUCAAGCAGUCUGGCCCAGUCAAAGUGGAAGCCAAAGUUUGGCUUGCUAAUGAGCGUACAUUUGUUCGGUGGUUGCAUAUCACUACCUUGCUGUCAGCAUUGACAUUCACAAUAUAUGCAUCUGUGUCUUCGUCACACAUCCCGGUUGUCGCCACCAACAUCGCGUACAUCUACUUUGCGCUGACCCUCUUUUCCGGAGUUUGGGCCUAUGCAAUUUACAUGAAGAGGCUGGAGCUGAUCAAGCUGCGAUCUGGAAGACACUUGGAUGGUGUUUUUGGUCCACUAGUCGUAGCGCUGGUGCUGAUUUUCAGCUUGUGUCUUGAAUACUAUGCUGGUGUGAAGAAAUACAACGAAAAGCACUCUCUACUCACCAGUGAAGGCAUAUUCACUUCUACCAAUGAUGAAGUGAAUGCGCUGCACCCAAUAGCAAAAUUCUCAUUACAAAAAAUUGUCUCCUUUCUUGACUCUAUAUAG